CCGAACAGAGGCUACAGCUGUCGUAUGAUGACUGUCGACAGUUCGUUCACGUGGUUUCGGAGUUGCCGAGCUACAGGCUAAGCCGCGAAAAAAAAUAUUUGAAUUUUUCGUCCCGUGAUUCAAAUAAAAGAUAAAAAUAAAGUGAAAUUUUUGUUGUUAUAUUGCAUUGUAUAAUAAAUCGGAAGCAACGAACAAUUCACGUAAAUUUCGUGAAUUAGGUACGGUGAGUGAAUAAGGUACAUCGAUGUUGAACGUCGUUAUUGAUUGAGCACGUUUUGAACGUCUCGAUUUUGAAUAAAAACUUUACUACGAAUGAUUUUUGUUCGUGAAUAUUUACUAAUCAUUGAAUAUAACAGAUGCCACGAGUCGAGCGACUUAUAAAAAUGAAAUAACAUCGAAGAAAAUAAAUAAAUAAAAUAAACCAACGUACCUGAUAAGUAAAUGAAGAAGCUAUAAAUGAAAGUUGACUGUACCCGAGUAGAGUAAGAUUCAGGAAAAUUAGAAGAAAUAAAAAACAAGUAGAGAUUAAAACAUCGGUGAAUAUUUGACGUCUGAUGAUAAUAAAGUAGACCGAUUACUAUUAACAGUAUAACUUUAAAGUGAAAAGAAAAUUAUCCGAAAAUGAUUGGUGGUAUGUGGAGAGAAUUUUUGUUGCUCUCCCUCUUCGUGUUUGUUGGAGGUCUUCAAAUAAAUUCGAAUCAAUUUGUACCUGAACUUUCUUAUUACAACGAAAAUUUUGUACUGGAUGAAAAUGUGCAAGAAUUUCCGGUCAUAAGAUUGUCUUUAGGAUAUAUCAGAGGUCGGUGGCUGACCUCUUCCAGAGGCAGAAGAUACGCGGCUUAUAAAGGAGUACCUUAUGCUCAACCACCGGUUGGGCAUCUUCGUUUUGAGCCACCGCAGAAUAAAAAACCAUGGAAUGGUGUAAGAAAUGCUUUGAAUCACGGAGCUCAAUGUCCUCAGCUACUAUUUGUACUAAACACAUACGUUGGUGACGAAGACUGUCUUUAUAUGAAUCUUUAUAUCCCACAGCCAGACAGAGGACUUGAACCGAGAAAUUCCGGUGACAAAUUACUCCCAGUGAUCGUCUUCAUUCACGGGGGUGCUUGGACUCUCGGCGCAGGUGAUAUGGACGAUUAUUUGUACGGGCCAGACAGAUUCAUGGAUGAGGAUGUGAUUUUGAUAACAAUCAACUACCGUCUCGGUGCGCUAGGAUUCCUCUACUUGGAAAAUACAGUUUCCGGUAACAUGGGAUUGAAAGAUCAAGCAAUGGCAUUGAAACUGAUAAAAGCCAACGCAAGAUCGUUUGGUGGGGAUCCAAAUCGAAUUACACUCAUGGGAGAAAGCGCAGGUGGGGCCUCAGCCGAGUAUCACACAAUGAAUCCAGAAUCCAGACAAUUAAUAUCUGGGGUCAUUGCUCAGAGUGGAACGGCAUUGUCGGCAUGGGCGUGGACCAGACCCGACGUCCUAGCUACAAGGACACGAAGACUCGCAAGAAUCUUAAGGUGUCCCUUAUACAAAGUCAGUCCCGGUCAUAUCAUCGAUUGUCUAAAAAAGGCGAGUCCUAGAGACAUUAUUAAGUACCAGUUUCUGACGGAUUGGUCGCCUCUGCAAAUUCCAAUCGGUGUGUCCUUCUCGCCGACUGCUGAACCCAGAGGAUCUGAAAAUGCGUUUCUUGUAGAAUGCCCGAGGGAAGCGCUUUCCCGGCUCAAAUACACGCGUCAAGCUAUCCCCUAUUUAACAGGAUACAAUACAAUGGAAGGUCAACUUUUCACAAAAAUAGCGGUCGGCUUGUUGGAUUCUGUGUUGCAGGCAACCACGAGAGCUAAAUUGGGUCUUCCUAGAGAGGGUAAAAGUGUCAUGGAAUUGAGAUUGAAGCCUUACGUUCGACAGCCGACCCCAGCCAUCGUCGACAGCAUCCUUGGCGAUUAUCAAUUUAAAGCACCAAUAUUAGAUGCGUCACGUUUUCACUCUCGAGCAGGAUCGAACGUCUUUCUUUACCAUUUUUCAUUCACCGGAAGGAACAACUUUGUUAAAUUAUUCUACGACAGCCACGCGCCAACGCACAUGGAUGAGCUGACGUAUCUAUUUGAAGGACGAGGAUUCUUCGGAGGACUUCCAAGACUAGAAGAGGCGUCACCGGAAGCUGCGGUUUCCGAGCGAUUAUUACAGAUGUGGACUAAUUUUGCUAAAACUGGAAAUCCAACACCAGUGAAUAAUACAAACUCCGAUAUCUAUUGGCCACCAGAUCCUUCGAAAAUCCUUAAUAUCGGCGAAGAAUUGACGAUAAGUAAUUCACCACUUGAAACUGGUUGGAGCGGUUUUCUCGACAAGCAAUGCUUUCUGUAGACCUUGAGUUUAUUUGAAAAUCCUUAUAAAAGUAAACCAUGUACGCUGCUUGAGAGAUGUUUGUUUAUUUAUUCAUUUUUAAAAUGAUCUUAUGCAGCGUAUAGGCAUAGGUAUAGGUAUAUAGUAUAAGGUAUACUUGUAUACUUAUUCAGGCAUACCUAUUGUGUAUGUAGAUUUUAGUGAGAUGAAAUGCGAGUUACGCGAUAUUUAUGGAACGAUACUCAAAUUAUAUUUUCAAAUCUUUAUGCUCAAUGCUUAUCGCAGUAUAUCCUACGUAUGGAAAAUAUACUGCAGCAAAAGUAACACACGUGAAAUGUUGUACAAAAUCGAUAGACUUCGGCAGUCAAUAUUUUAAAUUGUAAAGCUACAUAAUUGAUUAUAAAUCAUUUAUUUUUAAUUAAUUAUAAUAUUUAAAACAAUAAUUGAUAUUUCAUGUAAGUAAUGUAGAUAUUUGUUAUUCAGCUGCAAUUUUACGCACACUUUUAAAUAGGAUACGUACAACUUAUGACGAUGCCAAAUUUAUUAUAAUGUAAAGGAAAUCCUUAAUAAAUCUUCUUCAUAUGA